AUGUCUCGCAUGUCCGUACGGACCUUCUUGGUCACAGCAAAACGCAGUCUCCAACAAGCAAUCAAAAACCAAACUCCCGCAUCCUUCAUCAUCGGCAACGAGUCCGCAGACCUCGACUCCAUCACGUGUGCUUUAGUCUAUGGCUACAUCCAAUCCAGCAAAGUCGAGUCCAAACGAACAGGAAAACUCUACAUCCCCAUCACAAAUCUCUCCGCCUCCGAUCUUUCUCUCCGUCCAGAACUCACCGCAUUACUCCAACACGCCGACAUCAGCCCAUCAGAAUUAAUCACCUUGGACGACUUGUCAUUGGGAGGAGAAGAAAGAGAAAACUCCCCACCAUUCCUCCCCGCCGAAAAAACCGACUGGACGCUCGUCGACCACAACAGCUUACAAGGCAAACUCGGCGACCUCUACCGCCAUCGCAUCCACGCCGUCAUCGACCACCACGAAGAUGAAAAUCUCAUCCCCCACCACCCCGACAUCUCGCCCCGAAUCAUCACCAAAUCCGCCAGUUGCAGCAGUCUCGUGACCAACUACCUUCGAGAAACGUGGCAAGAUUUAGGCUCCAUGGUCUCUUCCACCAUUGGCUCCGCGCAAGAAGAUGGUCGACUCGUCGACGAUUUCGCCUAUGCAUCCACCUGGGAUGCACAAGUCGCCAAACUCGCUCUGGGACCCAUUCUCAUCGACAGUAUCAAUAUAGAAGCCACACACAAAAUCUCCGAAGCAGAUACCAAAGCUGUCAGAUUUUUAGAGGCGAAAAUUCACAUUUCCCACAAAUACGGUAAAAGUUAUUCUCGUGAGACUUUUUACGCAGAGUUGAAUGAGGCGAAAUCGAAUAUUGAGGGAAUGUCGUUGAGGGAUAUUUUACGAAAGGAUUAUAAACAGUGGCAAGAAGGAGAUUUGAAAUUGGGCAUUAGUAGUGUGGUGCAAUCGAUGCAGUAUUUGCGAGAGCGAAAAGAGGAAGAUUUGAGACAUGUGGUUCAGAAAUGGGCAUCAGAAAGAUGUUUGAAUGUGUUUGCGAUUAUGACUGCGCAUCAUCAUGGCGAAGACGACGACGACGACGACGACGGCUUUCGUCGAGAACUCGUAUUGUACGCAUUCGACGACAAAGGAAAAACCGCCGCUGAGAGAUUUUUCCAAAAGGGAGAAGGAGAGUUGCAAUUAGAAGACGCAGCAGGUGGAGAAAGCAGCAGCAGCGAUGUAUCCGCCCAGAGCAAAUUUGUCUUUGAGCGAUUUUGGAACCAAAACAAUCUAGAAGCAAGCAGGAAAAGAGUGGGGCCAUUAUUGCGGGAGAACAUGCGGUAG